GAACAAUGGGAGAAAUAAAGCAGAAGUUGGGGACCAUAUCACAGAAAAUGUGCCCAAGAUCACAAGCGCCAUGUGACAGUGACUCACAGGCUCCAAGUGAUGAUGGGAAAGACAAAAUGCAGAUGAAGAGAGAAAUCUCCCUCAUCAACGGGAUCUGCCUCAUUGUCGGCAACAUGAUCGGCUCUGGGAUUUUCAUCUCAUCCAAGGGGGUGCUGAUGUACAGCGCUUCCUACGGCCUGUCGUUGAUCAUUUGGGUUCUUGGAGGGGUUUUCUCCGUGUUUGGGGCCCUGUGCUAUGCUGAACUCGGCACUACCUUCGCCAAGUCUGGUGCCAGCUACACCUACAUCCUGGAGUCUUUUGGUGGUUUUUUGGCUUUCAUCCGCCUGUGGACGUCCAUCCUCCUGAUAGAACCCGCCAGCCAGGCUGUGAUUUCACUCACCUUUGCCACAUACGUAGUGGAGGCUUUCUACCCCACCUGCCACCCUCCAUAUGAUGCUGUCCGCCUGAUUGCAGCAGCCUGCCUCUGCAUGUUAACCUUCAUUAACUGUUCUUACGUGAAGUGGGGAACUCUGAUCCAGGACAUCUUUACCUACGCCAAGGUCAUGGCGCUCGUCGUCAUCAUGGCUGUAGGAAUCCUGAAAAUAUGUAGUGGACAAACACAGAACUUGGAGAAUGUCUUUGAGGGCUCAACCACAGAUCCAGCAGCCAUAACACUGGCCCUCUACUCAGCUCUCUUCUCCUACUCGGGAUGGGACACGCUCAACUUUGUCACUGAAGAAAUUCAGAAUCCAGGGAGGAAUCUGCCCUUGGCCAUCACCAUCUCCAUGCCCAUAGUGACCAUCAUCUACCUGCUGACCAACGUUGCAUACUACGUGGUUUUGGACAUGCCGUCUCUGCUGGCCAGUGAUGCUGUCGCUGAUACUUUUGGUAACGCUGUUCUGGGGCCUUUCAAGUGGAUCAUCCCCAUUUCAGUGGCCAUGUCAUGCUGCGGAGGACUCAAUGCUUCCAUCAUUACCGCCUCACGCUUGUUUUUCGUGGGUGCCAGAGAGGGCCACCUCCCGGACAGUCUCAGCCUGAUCCACCUGGAGCGAUACACACCGAUACCUGCUCUGCUGUUCAAUGGGCUGAUGGCUCUGAUCUAUCUGUGUGUGGAGGACCUGUUCGAGCUCAUUAACUACUACAGCUUCAGUUACUGGCUCUACGUGGGUCUGGCUGUGGCCGGACUCAUCUACUUGCGCUUCACCCAGCCACAUAUUCACAGGCCUAUUAAGCUCAGCUUGUUCUUCCCCUUCAUCUACUGCCUGUGCACCCUCUUUUUGAUUGUUGUCCCUCUGUACAGUGACCCCAUCAGUUCCCUCAUUGGAAUUGCCAUUGCACUCUCUGGAGUGCCCAUUUAUUAUGUGGCCAUUUACCUCCCUGUGGAAAGACGGCCCAAAUUCAUAACCAGGUUAAACGGUUUGAUCACCAGGUACACUCAAAUCUUCCUCUACUGCUGUCUGACUGAGUUUGAUGCUGGCAUUGAAAUGCAAGCAGGCACUAAAACACAGUGAGCUAGAGCGGCUUUGUUUUAGGUUUUUAUUAUUAUUUAUUUAUUUGUUGGUUAGUGUGUCCAUGUAAGGACUUGUAUUUCUGCCUUUGGGACACACGACUGUUAACAUGUGCACACGGCUGACUGGCCAGGUUCAGGACCACCACAUUGGUGAUGUUUCCAAUGACACUAACCAAGGACUUGAAGUUGUCGCUUUAUUCUUGAAAGACAAAAUGUAGACAAAACACGUAUUUUGGGAUGAUGAAUAUGAUUUUAUAAAAUUAUGGUGAAAAUGGAGCUUUUUUUAACCUUUAUGUUAAGAAACAAAGCGAUUAUUUUGUAUUUCAAACUGUUAAGGUACAACAUUGUUUUUACAGUAUGUCAGGUGAGAUCUGGGAGUAUGCACCAAUGCUGUGUGUGAUUCCAAGUUCGACAUGUCAUUGGGGUCAUUUUUACAGUGCAGUCCUGGCGGGUGACUCUGCUGUGUUGUCCCGUUGGGACGGCUAUCUUCUGAGGUGAAAUGGAAUAACCAGAAGACUGUAAAGUCCAUUUCCACUUUCAAUGGUCCUGCUGUAUUCUAGCUGUCACAAAGACUUAUUAUUCUCAAUUAGAUUAAUAAAUAAUGGUCAAGCCAUAAUUCCCUGUGACGGCUAGAUCACAGCAGGACCACUGAAAGUGGAAACAGACAUUACAUCUCAUGGAAUUGCCCAGAAGACUGAUCUGCCAGGAUGUUGAACAUCUCUAGUGCCAAGGUUCUGGUGGCUCAUCCUCCAGUCAGCUACAAAUCACAGGGUCCACGGAGUCUCAGUGAGAUUGUAAAGGUGCUUAAACUGUACUGACGGAUGCUCCCAGACGUGACUUUACCUGUCCUGAUAGUGCAAAUCUUACAUCAGUGUGUCUUAUUGUAUUCAUCUGCAGGUCUUUUAAGUGCAAAUCCUAUUUUCGUAAAAUUGUAUUCAUACAGGUCGUGUUUAGGUCUACAUUCAUUCAUGUCAAAUCAAAUCAAAUCAAAUCACUAUUUAAUAACUUAAUUGAACAGUAUUUUUCCCUUGUCAGUUCAGCAGGCGAACUCCUGUUUAAAGGACUUUAGCAGCACUGAAUCCUGUAAAUUUGUGUUUGAGUUUUUAAUAUGUUGAAAUAUUGACCCGAUCAUAUUCAACUGCUGUUUGAAGGACAUUCAUAUGUAAUCAUCUGCUUCAUUUGCUUCGUUUGUCUCUCCCUCUCUAAUGCCCCCAGCAGGUGUCACAUUUCGUUACAUCACACUGCUCCUAAUUUUAAUGAUGUAAUUCAUAACCAAGUCGGUGAGCUGCACUCUCAACGCUUAUAAAGUUAUUUACUUAUCUUUCUACAUGAAAUGGAUUCAUGUCCAGUAUUCUGUUCUCUUGUUUUAAAUAUCACAAGCUGUGUUUACAUGAACGGGUGGUUUGCAAGGAAUCUACUUACACAGCGUCAUGAUGGAAUGGAACAGAGAAGGACUCUCUUCAAAAGAACAUGUCAAAUUUCAGCUUCUUUGCCAGAAGGCACAUGGGAGACUCAAGAUGAGAUUUGAUCUGUUUUUUUGGAUGGAAAUGCAUCUCUGUUACAGUUCACUGAUUUGUGGUACAACAGACAAACGUCGCACAGAAAAAAAAGCCACAGAAGCAUCUAAUUUCUUCACUGCAAAAACUGUCCCUCUCAAAAUAAACCAAAUAAUCUGAAAUCUAGCCAAAUUGUCUUGUAUUAAGCAAAAAAA